CCCAGUCACAGCGAAGAUGGUGGUAGCGACAGGAGCUGAGUUACCCUCGCCUGGAUAGAAGGGAAACCAUCCCAAAAUUGCAGCUGGUGUCCUGUUUCUCUACUCCCCGACUCCGGAGGAAAGCUGUGCGAAAAAACAGGGAGGCAAGCAGCGGCGGACGGAAGAGGACGCAGCACAGCCAAAGCGCACAGUGUUGUGUUUGUUGGACACAUGCAUGCCAGCGAAAACUAGUGCUAUCCAGACCUGAGGAAUUGGUGUGGAGAUAAGGGGACAGCGCUGUUUAUGAAGCGGCUUUAAUAACACGGUGGAUGAGCCUGGACCCUGGGUUUUUGGUGAUUGUUCUCCUCUGCUGUGGGGGGAAUGCGAGGGGAGGAAAUCCAGCCUCAGCUCCAAAAAAUCAAGACUCCUAGCUGGGUCGCCUCUCCAAACGCAGGAAAUACGGCCUGGGAAAAAGUUUGGGAGCUUUUGGAAACACAAGGGGGGCCUAGCUCUGACGUUCUGCAUGCGUUAAAUGCCUUCGUUUUUUUAGCAGUGCGUUUCUAAGCGACUAGAUUGUCCCUCUUAUUUCACCCCCUGUGCCCCAAACUAAGUUGGAGAAACGCAUUCAAAUGUAACAUGCCGUUGGAGCGGUUAAUGCAAGAGUUUUGAUCAUCACUAUUUAUAGACCAGCCUAUUCCGACCGAGGCUGUUCCUCAUAUCUGUAUGUUUUGCCAACUGCGCGCAACAAGUUGCAGACACUCCCAACAGCGGCAAACCUAAGAUAAUUUUGCCAGCGGAUGGUAUUUUCUGCACUCCUCGUUAGAUUUGAGCGGCUUUCAAAUACCACACAGCUCUCCCCGACCCCCUCUUCGGAAGGCAGGGGGAAAAUAAACGGUGGAGAUCCGGAGAGGGAGUUCAGGAAAGGACGGGGCUGGAUCUGUGGGAAUAGGCCUGCCUGUCAGGCCUCUUAUAAUCUGAAUCUUGGACUGGACAGGACUCCAAAAUAACUCCGGCUGGAAUAUUUACAUGGCCUCGUUGGAAUAACCAGCAAAAGAGGACUUAUGGGGCUGGGAAAUGCAAUUGAUGAGCACAUUGAGCCAUGCAUGAGCAGGGAUGUAGUGGAGGGUAAAACCACCUUAGGUCAGUUCUCCACCUUUUCAUUUGUGGAAUAGAAUUACCUGCCUUUUAUGGCUGGCAUGGAUGUUUAUAAGGGAAAUUCUCAGUAGCCUGUGCAGCAUAGUAAGCAGCAGCAAACCAACGUAGGUAAGUUAUUUGAAGGUGAGGUCUAUUUAAGGGAAGAAUAAAUUGUCAGUUUCCUAAAAAUAUAGUCGGUUUUGUUUUUAAUGGUGGCUGUGAUGCCUUAUUAUGAUCAUGGACUGGAAGUCAUAGCUCCUUUACAUUUUUAUUUACCACUACAUCACUGGAUGCAGCUUUGGGCCGUUUUUUAGGGGCAAGGGGGAUUAUAAAAUGGACCGUUUGACGCAUGUGGUUUGAGAUGAUAAGAGGGACUAUAACUUCUGUAGCAAUUUGUUGUCCUCAUCACCAGCUGUGGAUAUCCUACAAGUGUAGCAGCUUGGCGUAAUGAAAUCCUGGACUUGAACCUUGUCUCAUUUUUAUGCAAUUUUAAAACGCCUUCCCCCAGACGGUUGACUCUUCGCUGUUGACACUAUCACAACACCGCGCACAACAAGAGGAGAUCAUUUCCAGUGUUGAAAUGACAGGGCUGACCUCAGAAAAGCCUUGAUCAAGUCGUAGAUAUCGUCAGAGCAUUAACCAGUCCUUUCCGAGAAGGAUGUUCAAUUCAGCAGGCAGAGCGGUGACAGUGUUUUUAUCGCAGCUGGAGAGAAAGCCGGGCUCCAGCCGAGAGCCUCAGAGGAGACGGAGAAGUGUAAUGUGAGUACUGACGCAAAACCGGGCUCGGAUAAUGAACUGCUCAAGGAACUGGAACGGCGCGUCUUGUGCGAGUGAAUGUGCAGGCUGCCUUGUGCGUAGCGAAGACGUCUGUGCCGUGCGCACAUUUCAUGCAGUGUGAUUAUUCCAACAAACACCUUUUCUCCCUCCCUCCCUCUCUCUGUCUGCCUGUCUCUCUCAUUCCGCCUGUGUGUCACUCCCUCACCGCCGCCCCCACUCCUUCCCCACCGUGCCACAUGUGCACACACAGCGCCCACACACCGCAUCCAGUUGCCUGAGCGCCAUCAGUCAGCGCCGAGACGAUAUUAUUAGUAUUUAAUACCCCCCCACCCCCCCUCGCCGUCCCUCCGCGUCACACCAGUCAAUAUGGCCACUCUGCAACAUCACCGGCAGCUUCUCAUGCAUGGCACGGAAGUGAGCUGCGACUCCAGCGGGGACGGCGCUGUGACCGUGCGGAUUACCAACAGUGCAUCACACCUGCAUCAGCAGGAGCCGCUAAAAGCUGCCAACAGUGGAGGAGGAGGAGGAGGCUAUGGGGCUGUGAAUAAAAUGAACUCCAACCUCCACAAAUACAGUAUCUCCUCCAGCUGUAGCUCGGGGGAGUCAGGGAUGAGACCGACUGUGAUGACCGCACCACGAAUACAGAGGAAUGUGCCACCGCUGUUUGAACGCUCUGCCGCCCAGUGCUGGGACCCCAAGUUUGACUCGGGCACCUUGGAAGAGGCUUGCCGAGAACGGUGCUUCCCUCAGACCCAGCGGCGCUUUCGUUAUGUCUUGUUCUACCUGGCGGUGGUGGCUGUCUUGUGGGGGAUAUACUUUGGGGUCAACAGUGACCGCUGCGACCCUUUGACCUUCCUAGCCCCGACAGGCUCUUUCCUCCUGCUCCUUGUGCUCCUCUUUCUCUUUACCUUAACCCAACCCUACACACGGCUGUACAACCAAGCCUCCUUGCUCCUGAUUGUGAUCACCUUCGCCAUCACCUUAGCUCCACAGAUACAGACUGCAGGCUAUACUGACUUGGAGUGGGCUGGUGGUGGGAACACCACAUAUGUUUCUCCAGAUGGCAUGGCCUCUCCCCAGGCCCCUUGCAUCUCCCCUGUGGGCACCUUCUCCCUGUGUAUGGAGGUUUUGUUGUUGCUAUACAGCGUCCUCCAUGUCCGUCUGUAUGCCUCAGUGCUGCUGGGGCUCCUGUACUCUGUGUUAUUUGAGGCCUUGGGAUGGCUACCAUUGCUUCAAAGGAGGUAUGAUAGUACCAGCGGGGGAAUGGGACUGGGAGGAACCGAAGGCCAAGGCGGUGGCUCAGGUUCUGACUGGGAAGGAGACACCCUCCGCUGGCUGGGCCCAGGUAAAGCUUUGCUCCAUUUGUGCGCCCAUGUCAUUGGCAUCCACCUGUUCAUCAUGUCCGAGGUGCGUUCCCGCAGCACCUUCCUCAAAGUGGGCCAGGCCAUUAUGCAUGGUAAGGACUUAGAGGUGGAGAAGGCCCUUAAAGAGCGCAUGAUCCACUCCGUCAUGCCACGGCGGGUCGCAGAUGAGCUAAUGAAGCAGGGUGAUGAUGAGGGUGGCGGUGGGGAUAACUCCGGUAAGCGUUACUCUGCUGGGGCUUGCUCUGCCUCGGCCAUGUCAGUGGGCGGUGGAGGUGGUGGUGGAGCUUCGCAAACCCCAAGCACUGCAAGCCCCAGGAACUACCCUCACAACCACCACAAACGGAAGAAAACCUCCAUCCCCCGUGGCCAAAUCAUCUUCCGGCCGUUCAACAUGAAACGCAUGGAACCCGUCAGCAUCCUCUUCGCAGACAUAGUCGGCUUCACCAAAAUGUCUGCCAAUAAGUCAGCACACGCCUUGGUGGGCCUCCUCAAUGACCUUUUUGGACGUUUUGACCGUCUCUGCGAACUGACCUGCUGUGAAAAAAUCAGCACUCUUGGGGACUGCUACUAUUGUGUGGCAGGCUGCCCUGAGCCCAGACCGGACCACGCCUACUGCUGUGUUGAGAUGGGCCUGGGUAUGAUCCAGGCCAUAGAGCAGUUCUGCCAGGAGACGUGUGAGACAGUCGACAUGCGCGUCGGCGUCCACACGGGCACCGUCCUGUGUGGCAUUCUGGGAAUGAAGCGCUUCAAGUUUGAUGUGUGGUCAAACGACGUCAAUCUAGCCAACAUGAUGGAGCAGCUCGGCGUGGCGGGCAAGGUGCACCUAUCGGAAGCCACCGAUCGCUUCUUGGAUGACCGUUACCAGAGGGAAGAUGGGAGGGUGGCGGAGAGGGCCGGGCAGAGCAUGAUGGAGAAACUGAAGGGACUGAAGACGUACCUGAUCUCAGGGAGGAAGUUGGAGCACGAUGCCCAGUGUGGCUGUUCCCAGCUGCCAGUGGGGGAGUUUGCAGCGGUCAGUCUGCCCUCCUGUCCUCAGUCCCACACCCCCGACCUCAUCCCCGGGGGAGCGCAGGCUGCUGAGUCCCUGCUUCCCCACCGCCCCCCAGACAGGACCGCUCCUCCCUGUGUGUCUUGCAGUGUGGUUUUGUCAGCAGGAGCAGAGCAGGGCGAUGAGGUGGCUGUGCUGAACGGCUGCCAGGAGGAGCACAAGACCAGCAGUGCCAAGUUUGUCCCAGGCCACAGCCCCAGGGCAGCCAAUGGCCUGCUGAGUCCUCCACUGGAGGACCCAGUGCGGGCCAGCCAGAGCUCCCUGUGCGACAUGCUCCAGGAGAAGGAGAAGAAGACCAGUACGAGCACAGGGACUGGCACCAGCCUGGGCAUGGCAGGGGGCACCGGGACGGCGGGCACGGGCAUGGACCACUCAGCUCUCAUCCAGCUGCGUGCCAAAAACUUCAGAGAGAAGAGCGACGCCCACUUUGUGGAUGUUAUUCGUGAGGACAGUCUGAUGAAGGACUACUUCUUCAAACCACCUAUCAACAAGAUCAGCCUCAACUUCCUAGAGAGACCCCUGGAGAUGGCCUAUCGCACCAGCUACCAGGAGGAGGUGAAGAACCAGGUUCAGGUGCAGACCUUUGCCAGCGCCACCUUUAGCUCCUUCCUGGACGUGCUCCUCAGCUGUUUUGUCUUCCUGGCCCUCACACUGGCCUGCUUCCUUCCGCCCCUGGUUAGCCCUGACACCACAGGCCCUCCAGCCCCCACUGCCCUGGUCCUUGUCCCUCUGGCUGGCCUGCUGGAGUUGGCCUCCCUGGUGCUCUCCAUACGGAUGGCCUUCUAUCUGGAGGAGGUGAUGAGCUGUACCCGAUCUCUGCUCAGAGCAGUCUCAGGCUGGAUUCCCCGUCACGUGAUCGGGGCUGUAUUGGUCUCACUCCCCGCCAUCUCCGUCUUCUCCCACCUCACCCGUCUCCAUCUGCCUCUCCAGGUCACCAUGUUCCUGUGCUGUGCCACCAUCCUGGCCAUCAUCCAGUACUGUAACUUCUGUCAGCUGAGUUUUUGGAUGCGCUCAGCCCUGGCCACUGCCACAGGAGCUGCCCUGCUGCUGCUGCUCUACAGCCCCCUCCACAGGACCAGCUCUGGUAAUAACAGCUUGCCUGCACUUGGGGUUAACCUCACUGCUCUUAGUGAUGGUGGUUCUGCAUGGACCACUCCAGAACCAGACCCUCCACUGCGACCUCUUGACCUUCUGGUCCCAGAGGCCAUCCUCGCCUUCUUCCUGCUCCUGCUCCUGGUCUGGUUCCUCAACCGCGAGUUUGAGGUCAGCUACCGCCUCCAUUACCACGGCACUGUGGAGGCUGACAAGCACCGCUUCAAGAUCCAGACGAUGCGAGACCAGGCAGAGUGGUUACUGGGAAACAUUAUCCCGAUCCACGUCGCUGAGCAACUCAAGGUGACUCAGAGCUACUCCAAGAACCACGACAGCGUGGGCGUGAUCUUUGCCAGCAUUGUAAACUUCAGUGAAUUCUAUGAGGAGAGCUAUGAGGGUGGCAAGGAGUGCUACCGCGUGCUCAACGAGCUAAUUGGAGACUUUGACGAGCUCCUCCGCAAACCUGAAUUUGCCCACGUGGAGAAAAUCAAGACAAUUGGUGCCACCUACAUGGCAGCGUCAGGACUGAAUGUUCAGCAGAUGGCUGAUAGUGAUAAUGACCAUCCACAUGCCCACCUGAGAGCACUGUUUGACUUCGCCCUGGAGAUGAUGGGUGUCCUGGACGACUUCAACAAGAACAUGCUGGGCUUCGGUUUCAAGCUUCGCAUCGGAUUCAACCAUGGGCCGCUGACAGCGGGGGUGAUUGGCACCACGAAGCUGCUCUACGACAUCUGGGGAGAUACGGUCAACAUCGCUAGCCGGAUGGACUCCACUGGUGUGGAGUGCCGGGUGCAGGUGAGUGAGGAGAGUCACGCCAUGCUGAGUGCCAUGGGCUUAGAGUUUGACUACAGAGGUACCGUAAAUGUAAAGGGAAAAGGUCAAAUGAGGACCUUUCUGUACCCAAAAAGUGGGGAAAGUAUAUCAGGGUGCCAAGACCGGCUGGAUGUGGGCAUCGGCGUUGGACCCUCAUCAGUGGCAGUGCCAGCCAAUAAGACUUCAGAAUCUGUUGCCACGGCAGCAGCUCUUCCUCCCUGUCCCUCUUCGUCUCACCCACCUUCCUCCUCCUCACCUUCCACACUCCCUCCUCAAUCCCAAAGCAAUGCUGCGAGGCCUCCAGGAGCGAGGCCUGAGCCUGUCCCAGCUAAGUCCACAGAGGUGAGGAAGGAGGGAUAUAGGGACGCUCCACACCUCCCUGGGCAGUCUCCUGCCACAGACCUUCACCCCCCAUCCCUUCAAGAACUACACCCAGAACCUAGUGCCACACAAGUGCCCUUCUCCGCGCAGGCUGCACCUCUCGCACUUCAGGAGGAGGAGGAUGAAGAGGAGGAGGCCAAUGAGCUGACAAAACUCAAUGAGGAGUUUUACGCUCGUCUCUGAUCAAUCCUCUCCCCUUCCCCUAUCUUCUCCCUCGCUGUUCCUGACCGCUGUCUCUUCAGGACUGUCUCUGUUUAGGUGCGGGCUGGACAUUCCUUACUUUAGGCGUGGGUGCGGUGUCCUCUCCUUUUCCAGAAGUAGUAGGCAUGGAUGAAGAAGAGGGAAUUGGUCCCUCCAUCUGUUUGGACACAAACUAUGUCUACAGUGGCUACAAAAAUGGCCACUAACUUUUUUUUUCCAUGGGAAUGUUGCCUGAGCAUUGGGGUGGGUUGGACCUGUGUUGAACACAGCAAUAUACAGUGGAGAAAUGGCAAAAAGGGGCUAGGAGGGAAGGGAAAGUUGUUGGUGUCGUCGUUGAUGAUGUUUUUUUCUUAUUAUUUUUUGUUGUUAAGUGCCUUCAGGACUAAAAUCAUGAACGAUCAAAUAUGAAUCUGAACAAAAAAUAAGUUUUAACAAUCUUUGUACGGGCUUUCCCCCCUAAUACUUAUACUACGGAACAUGCUGUGGUUUCUUACUUCAUGCUUUUAUUUUCAGUGCAAGUAUUUGUUAAAAAAAAACAAUAUUGUUGUGCCAUAUCAUUUUGUUUGAACUUGAUCAAAGUCUUGACCUGACUAAAGGGAAAAUAAUUUUAGAUUCUAUGUAAGUGCCAGUGCAGCAUGAUGGGCUGAGCAGGGAACUAUGGGUGGAAUGAGGGAAUCACAACAAGCAGUGUUAAUUUAUGUAUUCUGCUUCGACAUGAGGGCUUGAUACAGUAUUCAUUUGUGCUAGAGUCUCAGUAAAAAGGGACAUACUAAAUAGGGCUACAUAGAUUUUAGUUUGUGUAGCAGCUAAAUGCACAUGUAAGCACAGGUCUUGCACAAACAGUGUUUUCUCGACCACUUGUAUUUGGUAGUUAUUACAAUAAGAUAGCUUUUUAAAAAGAGUUUUAACAGAGUUCUUGUCUGUCACAGCACGUACAUGCAGAAGCACAAAAUGAAAUCAAAUAAGGGAAUACGUCAGGACGAAAAGGUGAUAUUAAAAAGUGAGAUCAUCACAAAAGCAGGAAGGCACUUUAAAGAUACUUGAGUGGAACUGUGAGUGACAAUCAGUGUGUAGUAAUAAUCAACUGGACUAGACAACAGGGUGGUCCAGAUCGCCAUCGGUUAAAGUGUCAAAGCGCAGAUCAGAUUCUGACUAUGGAAUUCACAUCGUUUCUGCAGUAUUGUAUAGAAGAUCUCAGACCCGGCUUUUGUGAAGUUCCAUCCAUUGCCGUCAUUACCACAGAAAAAAAGAAUAAUCAGUCAAACCAUCACUAGAUUCAAUCAAUAGUGGAAUAUUGUCUGGCUUUAGCUGUGUGAUUUGCUGUUGAAGGGGUGGGACUUUUGACUUUUAUCCAAUCACAGCCUCUGUGUUGAGGGGGCCCACUACUGUAUCAAUAUACUUCAAUUGUGCCACUUUAAUUGAGUGAUCUAUAGGUGCAAUGCAACCUAAAAUAUCUGAUUGUUUUGAGGUGCCUAAAAGUAUGACAAACUGUAUUUUGGGUUUUUUGUUGUUUUGUUUUGUUUCAAAAAAAAAAAAAAAAAAAAAAGUAUCACACUCUUGUCAAGAUGACGGUAGAUUAUGAUUGUAUUUUUGAGGAGAUGAUGCGCCUUCUGCAGUUUUUGCUGCAGCUCGUGACAAAUUCCAUUUUUUUUUUCUUCUUUUUCCAAUUCUAGCAUUGUUAUUAACCGGCUGCCUGGAACAGUGUGGUGGUGUGCCCGUGGAAUAGCUUGCACCUCUUAAGUUUUUCUCUUUGCCCAUUACUCACUUUAUGUUUUUGUCUUUACUUCUGGAAAGACAUGUUAAAAUUCACUUGUUUCCCCCUUGUACCUUGUACCUCUUGUGUGUGUGUGUGUGUGCGCGCGUGUCUGUGUCUGUGUGAAGCUAGACUUCAUGUAAGUUCUGUCCUGCCACAUGAUCAAAGUGAUUUUUGAUAACCAAAUGUUCAAUUUGACUUACAUAAAAGGAUCCUGAUUCUUUGCUUCAAGUGUUGCUCCAAAUACUCACUUAAAGCAGCAGAAAAAAAACAGUAAACAGGCUUUUGAAUAGGCAUCGACACACUAGCCAUGACGUUGAGAAAUGAAUGAAAAAUUAUUUAUGCUCAGAAUCAGUAACUCAGAAAAGAUCACUGUAAUGUGAUACCCAAAGAAAUAAAUCUACAUGGUUGAUUGUUGGCAAUUUUGUUAUUUUGUUGCUGCUGUUUUCAUCUGUUAGAGAGGAGUCACAUGCACAAGACUGUUUUCUUUUUUGUGUGAUUGCAGGGAAAGCCCCAAGUAUGAAAUCUACAUAAUGAAUUGGUCCUGCAAAUGCACAUCAAUUCACCUUCUUUAGAGUAUGCCUUACAUUCUGGUUAAAGGGAUAGUUUGCGCAUUUUGAAAACUUUUCUGAUAUUUUACUCCCCCUCUAGCUGUGCUGUAGGACAGUAGUGGUGCUAUCUUCCUCUCAUUGUUACUGAGUGCUGGAUACUGGCUGGAUGCUCCAAAUGCUAACUGUUAGCUUCCUGCCACUGAGGUGGACUUCCCCCCAGCUAACAUCCUUAAAUAAAAGCACUAAAUCCACUCAAAGGUUUAAUAGGUUCUGAAACAAAAUGCACCUACGACUUUUUAUAGAAUUUUUACAGUGCAAAAUGCGUAAAAAUGUUGACUAAAAAAAUUAUCAGGGAGUAGAACUAUUUUCUUGUGCGGCCUCCUCUCUCUGUGCUGGUGCUCAGGUACAGCAGUGGCUAGCAGGGGUCUGAAAGGUUUGGGAAAUGUGAUAGAGGGGAGCGGAGGAAAAGAAGCUAGCCACAACAUUACUUGUAAGCUAUCUUUUAGUAUUACAGGAGAAAGUUGUUGUUCUUGUCCUCCAACACGUGUUCAUAAACUCAAUGAGGAAAACGAAUAAUAGCAAACCCAGACAAUCUGCUUCAGUCUCUGUGGUGGCUGCUGCUUCUCUGAUGUGGAGUGAUACAGGAAGUGAGGAAGUUACCGGAUCUUUUUUCUUUUGCUGCCAACAGGAAAAACCCAGUUAGAUACAGUAGUUUAAACAAAGUUUGUGCGCACACAGUAGAUGUGUAUUUUGUGUGUGACACUUAAAAAGUCAUACGACACUUAAAAAGUCAUAUUAAACCUUCCUUGAGUGGAUAAAGUCGGUUAAUUUUAAUUAUGUUAGCUGGGGGGAAAUCCACUUGAAUGGCAGGAGGCUAACAGUUAGCAUUUGGAGCAUCCAGCACUCAGUAACAAUGAGAGGAAGACAGCACCACUACUGUCCUACACAACAGCUGGAGGGGGGCAGGUGAAAUAAUAUCUUUUUUUUUUUUUUUUUUUAACAUGGGCAAAUUAUCCCUUGAAAGGAUUUUGCCUCGAUAAAGAGCCUUGGACUGAAAUUUUGGCCUCACAUUGGAAGAAACAGACAUGAGGGGGAAUGGGGAAUGUGGGGGAAUCUUCUAUAUUUACAUUGCCACCUUCAUCUGUAGCUUGAAGUGUCUUUACCUCUGCCAUUGUGCACUCCUGAUGUACACAACCAGUGCCUUCUGAAC